AUAACAACAAAGGAUCAUUAAUGAAUACGUAGAUUUUUUUUCAACUGCGUUCAGUAAAUGCAUUACGGAAUUUAAAAAAGUUUUUAGCGAUGUUAUUACCACGUCUUAUUACGCUGACAAGUAUUAUAUCAUGGAUUAUUUUUCUUACAGUAUUUUCCUUCGGAACAACAAAUGCUAGAGUGAAAAGGAAAUACGGCUGUGUUCUUCCAGAGGAACCCUGGUAUGGUUCUUUUAUCUUCAACGACCAGAAGAAGACGUUGCGUUAUGAAUGUGAUGAGGGUUACAUAUUGACUGCCUACCGUCAACGCGACCGGAAGUGUCGAAAGGGUAAAUGGACCGGAAAUGACUUGUACUGCUUGAACUUGGACUUUACACAGUCAAAAUGUCCUGAGUUAAGAACUCCAAACAAUGGCACUGUAUACACGGAGGGAAGAGAUAUUGGUAGCAAAGCUUCAUUUACUUGUGACGAGGGUUUCGUACUUUACGGUUCAGCUACUAGAACUUGCCAGAAAGGCCGCAGAUGGGAUGGUACUAUGCCCGUUUGUAAAAGUCGACGUACCAUCAAGGAUAUUGCCAAUCAUUUGAAGGAGACUAUGAUUGACAGCUUGGCAGGGGCGACAACUGGCUCAAAGACUGGCGCACAGUCUCGUUUAAGCCCUGGUAAAAGUGGUCUCGAUGUCGUAUUGCUUGUCGACGUAUCCUCGAGUAUUGGGGAAAGGUCAAUGAAAUCGGCAAAAAAAUUUAUGAAACUACUUGUGGAUAUUUUUGGUGUAUCAAACGAAACGUCUGGAGGCACAAAUGGAACCCGGUUUGCUUUAAUUACGUUCAGUAAUAGUCAAACUAUUGUUUUCAACCUGAAUGAUAUAACCGCACGGUCAAAAUCAAAAGUCAAGAAAAUGAUUGGCAAGAUACAGAAUACUGGCGGUGGUACAAAUUUCCAGUCAGCUUUGACAAAAGUGAUCGGAACACAAUAUAUUGAUAUUAUUUCUAAAGAUGUACGGCGAGCGACCGGUGCUACGCGUGCAAUUUUCCUCUUCACGGAUGCCGAGGAGACAAGUGAUACGGAUAUAACCCGUAUAUCUAAAAUCAGAAAAGCAGCACACAGCUUAAAAACAGUUGGUAAUUUCGAGAUAUUUUGUAUUGGAGUAGGACAGAACAUAGACCAUACUACAUUGGCUGAAAUAGCGUCAACACCUCACAUCGAACAUGUGUUUACCUUGUCUAAAUUUAAAGACCUGGCGAAAGUGGGAGAUAUCAUAGCAGAGAAAAAUAUCGAUUACGGACAGUGUGGUGUCUCGGGAAGUACGGAAAUAGCACGGGGUUCACAGACUACUAACGAGGGGGCGUGGCCAUGGCUAGGUUGGGUGAGUGUUUUAGACGACAAAAACAUACCACAUACAUGCGGGGGUGCCGUAGUUUGUGACCGGUGGUUUCUCACAACUGCUAGCUGUGUGUCUAGGAAAAAUGGUGAUCAAGUGGUUCCAUAUAAUGUGUCACGGAUGAAUGUUUAUCUGAGUGAUUACGACAUAUUUAAAAAGGACAUAAACGAGAUUUGGCCAAUCGUUCACGAUGUUAUAAUUCAUGACAAUUAUACAGGAGAGGAAAUAGGAAAUCUUGGGAUUUAUGCUAACGACGUAGCCUUGCUGGAUUUUGGACAGAAUGAAACUGAGAGACCAGUGUUAGACAAAUAUCUGCGACCAAUUUGUAUCGCAACAGGUAACGACUCCCUCAGUGAUGCAGAAACGCACUUCAAGAUGUUACUCUCGUUCCCGAAUAAAAAGGACGCAUUCACCGCCGGGUGGGGUAAUGCACCAGAUAACAUAUAUCAUACAAGUUUACUACAUUCAAAAAUGAUGCAGAAUCAGAGGUCUGUUGUGAAACAAAAGUAUUGCAAGAGGAGGUACGAGAAUAUUGACUUGGAUCGCUUUUUCUGUGUUGGAGAGGAAUUUGAAGAAAGUGACUCGUGCAUGGGUGAUAUUGGGGGUCCAUACAUGGUACAGUUGUCCAACAAGAGGUUCUACAGCCUAGGCCUAGCACUGAAAACCCGUGGUUGCAAAAAGAAAAACAACUACAGUAUUUUCCUAAAUCUUCUACACCCAACAGUCAAUGACUGGAUAAAUCGUGUAUUAGAUGGGUGCAACAGGGUCGAGAAAAAAGACACUUAAGACUUUUUUUAGCCAACGAUUUUUGCAGAGAUAAUAAAACAUUUUCUUAUUAUGUAUAUAUUGUUUUUUGAACAUUUUGUCUAAACCAAUAUAAUUCUGCUUUCAUCAAUAUACUUCUCUACAGAUUU